AUGGAUCUUUUAAGGUUAGACGUAUUUUCUUCAGAAUUUUACUUUAAUUUAGGCUUCAACCGCUCAAGCAGAAAAGGGAGCUAUACAGGAUUACUUUUGUCUUUCUUGAGUGCAGUUACAGUCUUGUCUUACUUCAUCUAUCUGCUUUAUCUUUAUUUUAAUAAUCUAAUUGAUACAAAGUAUAGGUCGUAAAGCUUUAUUACUUAAGAUAGAAUAGAUGUACCACUGCAAUAAAAUUUGAUUGCUUUUUAAUUUUAAACAGAUGUAAAUCAAACAGUCGAAUAGUUAUAAGCGAAAGAAAAUAAGACUUAUCUAGUCUACUAUGCAGAAUUGCUAUAUUAAUCUGGUACCGAUACUUAACUUCUACACCUUGAUAUUGUUUAAUGUUAAGAUCCUGAGCUUUAAGGAUUCAAUUGCAUAGACUAUUCUAAAAUUAGCAAUUACACUCUUUAUUUUAACCCAAAAACAACUGAAACAUCUAUGAUCAUUUUAUAUUUUUAUGGUUGCUUAGAUGUAGAUAGAGUCAAGAAAACUAUUCCUGACAAUUGCGCCACACAAUAAGAAAUAAAUGCAUUAGUAGAUUCUCCUUUAAUGAUAUAAAAUAUCAAAUUAUACACUCAAUAGUACAAUACAACAUCUAAAUAAAUACAGACAAAUUUCAGAAAUUUGUAGAAUUAUAUUUAAUCGGACUCUUCGCAAUAAGUACUUUUAAAGGUGUAAACGCAACAGACCAAAGUAAACCAAGGAUUAGUGUUUCAGUCACAAGAAUAAUUCUCUUCACCAAUUUCAUUCUUACAAAAUACUCAAAGUUUUGAUAAGGCUGGCUCACUUAAAUUAGGUUUUGGACCUUAUAAUAAUAUUCUUCUAUAACUUGAUGAAAUCAUUUUAGAAGUAGAAAUUACAUAUCCUACUAUCACAGAAAUAUUAGCGCUUGUAAAUAGUGUUGUAGCUAUUUGUAUGAGUUUGAAAGUUCUUGGCAGGCUUCUUUCUUAAAAGCUGAUCAAAUAAGACUUGAUUAUGCUCUUUUUGCAAAAUUUAUUCCAAGAUAAAUAUGAGGAGAUUGUAAUAAAGAAUAAAUUAAUAGAUUAAAAAGAAACAGAUUCUUUAUUUAAAGAGAUAUAAGGAAGUUCUACCUAACAAAAAUAAUAAUAAUAAUAAUAACAAUAAUAAUAGAGCUGUCAUAUCCAACUUGGAAAUUAAACAGAUAAUUAUGAAUUAAAACAAAGCUAAGAUGAAGGAGGAAAAAAAUAGGAUUUUGUAGAUAAUUGCCUUAAAGAUUCAAGGGAACCGUAACAUUAUAGACUGAAUAAAAGAUAAGUAUAAUCUCAAAAUUUACAGAAAGGGGUAUGUGGAUUUGAUAAAAAAGAGGAUGUUUUGAAUUUUUAAGAUCCCACUGAAGUCAAUUAAAAUGAUGAAGAUUUUAUAGAUAUUUUUGUACCUAGUUUUUUGACAAAAUCAAGAGAGUCUGUGGAAAAAAGCUAAAGCAUCAACUCAGAUCAUCCUAUUUUAGACAUUUAAAACCCUAAUUUUUAGGAUGAAGUUAUAAACCAAAGCGAACUUACAAAAACUGAAGGAAAUUCUCCAUAUCAAAAUAAAUAAAAAAAAUAUAUUAAAAAAAUAUCAAAUACUAGUGAAGGCUUGGGAACAUUAGAAUAAAUGAUUACUUCACCUAAAACCAAUAGACCUUUUAUUUCUCCAAAAAAAAGCUCUGAAUUAAUUUCUCUUCCUAGAGAGGAACCUCUCUAAUAAAUUGUUGAUAAAAAAAGUUACCUUUUAAGUUUAGGAAUAGAAGAUAAAUCAAUGAAGAAAAUUUAUGGAUAAAUGCACAAACAUCUUGAUAUCUACUAGAUUUAUAAGGAUCUCAUUUUAUUGAAGAAAGCUAUGAUGAUUAUUUUGGAUUAAGAAUAAUUGGCUGCCCUGCAACUAGUAGGUUGCUCAACAGAGUUUCUUGAAAUUGAUGACUUCGAUGAAAGCUAAAACAUUAAAAAAAUGAAUAAGCCAUAAAUUUCAGAAAUUGAUAAAAGAAUAUUAUCAUCUAUUGUAUUCAAAGAUAGAUCAAGUUGA